AGCGGCAAUAAUUUGUACAAAAAACAAUUAUGUCUUCCAGCAAAGUAUAACAUUGUUUUAAGUGAAGGAAAGUUUGGAUUUAACGUGACAUUGCACUGGGAUUAAAUGUAGACAAGAUGAAGACAGGGACUUUUAACUUCGUGCUUGGGCUGUCCGUGGGUCUGGUUAUUGCCUACAUGGGAAUCACAUACUUCGCAAGCCCAGGGACACUUGGGUUAUCAGCCAGCGUGAAACACAUGACCAUCAGCGAGGACGGACCCAGGGUCGAGGUUCCAAGAGACUCGUUUCUUACUCACGAGGAUCUUGAUAAGAUACAGAAAAUCAUCCGCCCUGUACAGUUUCAGGACGCGCAUUCGCAUCAUGACGACAACAGAGAGGCCAAAGAACUGUACGAUCAAAUACGGGUUUUACGCUGGGUAAUGACUAAUCCACAGAAUCUGGAGAAAAAAGCCGUACAUGUGCGUGCCACGUGGGGCCAUAGAUGUAACAAGCUUAUUUUUAUAAGUUCAGUGACUAAUGACAGUUUUCCUACGGUGGGAAUUGAUGUUCCCGAGGGUCGCGAGCAUUUGACUGGUAAAACUAUGAAAGCAUUCCAAUAUGUGUUCGACCACCAUUUCGAUGACGCUGAUUGGUUUAUGAAAGCCGAUGACGACACUUACACUAUUUUAGAAAACUUACGCUAUUUCCUCUCGGGUCAGAAUAAAGACUCGCCAAUUUUUUUCGGUCACCAUUUUAAGGUAAGUGUUAAACAAGAAUACUUUAGCGGAGGCGCGGGGUACAUAAUUAGUAAGGAGGCGCUAAAAAGAUUUGGUGCUCACGGAACGAACGCAUCCAUGUGCCGCCAAGAUGGCGGAGCUGAGGACGCGGAGUUUGGCAAGUGUAUGCAGAACUUGGGGGUUAAAGUCGGCAACUCCACUGACCGGUUCGGUCGGAGUCGAUUCCAUUGUUUUGACACGGCUACACAUUUGAUGGGCAACUAUCCAAGGUGGUAUCAUCUACUUGACGCGCACGGAGGCCAAAGUGGUCGGGCGAGCAUCUCCGACUAUGCAAUAAGCUUCCACUACGUUCCCCCGGCCAGGAUGUACGAACUGGAAUAUUUUACUUACCAUUUUAGACCGUACGGUAUUCAUUUUGGAAAUCAAGAUUUAAAUCAGGAAAUGACGUAAAACCGGAAAUGACGUAGUAGUCAAAGUAAAAUAAUGUUUAGAAUAGACCUCACCAAAUUGAUAAGUUGUUCGUCGGAUUUUUUUCCAAAAAAUAAUGGCGAAAUAACAAUACAAAUAUUUGUUUUGCAUUUAGCAAAAAAGGAGGAGCGAGCGAGCGAAGAACGAACACUUAGAUACUUUUACUCCAGUUUAUUCACUUAUUAACUAAACAAUAAUAUUGUAAAUAGUACAAGGAAAACAUCCGAGGGAAAGAAUGAUUACACUACAAGAUCAUUUUAUACAAAUAUUUGUUUUGAAUUACAAAAGCUAUUU